AUGGAGUCUAAUGGUAUCUUGCCAUUUCAAAACCUAGAACUGAGCCUAUAUCUACAACCACCCACCACCGCCGCCGCCACCGCCACCGCCACCGCCACCACCCUAAUCACUCCCAAAAUUGAACCCAAACCUGAACCCGUAGAUGAAUUCACACGGGUAUCACCGCCGCCGGGGUUCGAAUUCCUCGCCCCCUCCCUCGGCCCGCCCCCGGGGUUCGAAAUCCCCAUCCCCAUCCCCGCCCCCGCCCCCGCCCCCGCCCCCGCUCCUCCUCCCGCCGUCUCCGCCUCCGCCACCGCCACUGCCACAGCCAAGAGCAAUCCUUCCGAAGGUGACGUGCUCUCCCACUUACACCGCCUUUCUAAGAUGUUCAACGACGCCUUAGGCGCACAACUCCAGGAGUACGGAGAUGUUGCCGUCUUGCCCGAUUUCGACACUGAUACCGACUCACGCGCCAUAGUCACCGUGCCGAACCCCGAAACCCAGGUAUCCGACGCCGUCGUCACGCCGCGCGGCGGCCGUAAAUACCCGAGCCGAUCCUCCGAGAUGGUCCGGGUCACGGAUCUAAAACCCGAGGACCGCCUCUUCUUCCGUGACCUAAUCCGAAGAACCCGGAUGCUGUUCGACUCGCUGCGCGCAUUCUCCGUCGCCGAGGACGAGCGCCACUCCGAUAACGCCGCCCCCCACCGGCGAACCCGAGGCGAUCUGAAAGCCUCCGCCUUCAUGAGGCACGGCGGCCAAUGGCUGAACCGCGACAAAAGAAUCGUGGGAGAUAUCCCGGGCAUUUCAGUUGGCGACGUCUUCUUCUUCCGGAUGGAACUCGUCGUCGUCGGAAUGCACGGCCACCCCCAGGCUGGAAUCGAUUACGUACCCGCCAGCCAGAGCUCCAACGGCGACCCGAUCGCCACCAGCAUUAUUGUCUCCGGCGGUUACGAAGACGAUGAAGAUGCAGGCGAUGUGAUCGUAUAUACGGGGCAUGGCGGGCAGGACAAAAACAACCGACAGUUUACGCACCAGAAAUUGGAAUGUGGAAAUUUAGCCAUGGAGAGGAGCAUGAAUUACGGUGUCGAGGUUUAGGGUUUAUCCGCGGCUUUAAAUACGAAGGUAGCAUUAAUAAUGGCAAAGUUUUACGUUUACGACGGGUUGUAUAGAAUAAUCGAGACUUGGUUCGAUGUGGGCAGAUCCGGAUUCGGGGUUUUUAAAUUCAAGCUAGUUAGGAUCGAAAAUCAGGCUGAAAUGGGUAGUGCAAUAAUGAAAUUUGCUGCGAAGUUACGAUCGAACCCACUUGAAGUAAGGCCUAGAGGGUACCUCACAUUCGAUCUUUCGAAUAAAAAAGAGAACUUUCCGGUGUUUUUAUUUAAUGAUAUCGAUCGUGAUCAUGAGCCUCUCGAUUAUGAAUAUCUUAAAACAACCGUUUUCCCACCACACGUGUACACUAGCGCGAGCAGUGGCAAUGGAUGCGACUGCAUCGGAGGGUGUUCGUACGGUUGUUUCUGCGCCAUGAAAAAUGGAGGAGAACUCGCGUACGACACACAUGGGAUUCUCGUAAGGGGGAAGCCAUUGGUUUUCGAGUGUGGGCCCCACUGCCGUUGCCCCCCAACUUGCAAGAACCGCGUUUCGCAAAAGGGGGUCAAGAAUCGGUUCGAAGUGUUUAGGUCAAACGAGACAGGGUGGGGGGUGAGGUCGUUGGACUUGAUCCAGGCUGGCUCGUUUAUUUGCGAGUACGCCGGGAUUGUUCUUACACGCGAACAAGCUGAGUUAGUCUCGAUGAACGGCGAUAAUUUGGUUCACCCUAGUCGAUUUGCUGAGAGAUGGAAAGAAUGGGGUGAUUUGUCUCAGAUAUUCUCGGACUAUGUUCUGCCAGCUCAUCCGUCGGUCCCGCCUUUGGACUUUGCCAUGGAUGUGUCGAGAUUUAGGAACUUGGCUUGCUAUAUGAGCCACAGCUCAAGCCCUAAUGUGUUCGUUCAGUAUGUGCUGUUCGAUCACAAUAAUGUUUAUUUUCCUCAUUUGAUGCUGUUUGCGAGCGAGAAUAUUCCUCCGAUGAGGGAGAUCAGUGUCGAUUAUGGUGUUGCUGAUGAGUUGAUGGGGAAAAUGGCCAUCUGCAACUAGAUCUGAAGCCAGAAUGAAAAAAGGUUCAAUUUUGGAUUAUUUUUCCGACGACGAAUCCGUGGAGCUGCUUUAGGUUUAUAUCGAUAAAUUCCGUUGUAGCAAAUGAUCAUAUUCUAGCAGUACCCAUGGAUUCUUUUUACUGUCAGCCUGUAUAUAUAUAGUCUAUAUAUAUAUAAGAAUCCAAAUUGAAUGAGUUUGUACAGAAUCUCUCAUGCAAGUGUUUUGAAAUGGUUUGUUUAAACUAGCAAAGGAAGUUUAUUUUUUUAUUUAUUAAUUUUUUUUU